CGCUUUUGGCAUCCCAGCACGAGCUCCACUGCCAGUUCUCGUUUGAAAAGCAUCGCGUACGGAACGGGCACGAAGAGAAUCAAAAGCGCAAAGUUAACGACCUACCUCCGACAACGCACCGAGCCAAAUCAAACAGCAACAGAAACAGGCACAUAAACAGCCCAUAAACCAACAGAAAGUACAAAAUCAAAUCAAAAGCAAACAACAUGAUUAAGGCGAGAGAUUCGACGCGGCUGUUGCUCAUUUGUCUGCUAAUUGGACAAUUUUAUGUUCGGUGUAAUGGCUCGCCCAUUGAGGAUGAAACAGACUACCAGGGCGAUGACUACGACUAUGGGGAGUCUGAUGCUGAGGAUGACGUAGAAGGAGCAGAUCCGCCCGAGGUCCAGGAUCUGUCCGGUUCGCCGCCAUACUUUGACCAGACCGAGCUGAGGAUCGAGGCCAAGCCCGGAGACUCUGUGAUCCUCAAUUGUGAUGCACGCAAUUUCCAGAUCAACAACGCGGUGAUGUGGUACAAGGGCAGUACGAUCAUUGCGAAUGGACAGAAUGCAAUUAGCCACCGGGUGGAGGGUAUGAAGAACAACUCGAUCCUGCUGAGGGAUGUCACGCCGGACGAUUCCGGGGAAUACUAUUGUGCCAUAUUGCCGCAGAACGUUCGACAACUCACGACACUGAGGGUGGGCGCCCGGCUGUCGAUCCUUUGCGACGAUCGCGAUAUAACGGGUCGCUCGCAGACGUUCAGGCAGGGCGACCACCACAAGCUCGAGUGUCGAACGUACACGGGCACAGAGACCAGCAUCAAGUGGUCGUUUAAUGGUCAGCGCAUGGAGUCGUCGCCCGAUGACACUGCCGAUGGGAUCGUUGUGCUGGACAACGUGGACGAGAUGAAUGCCGGCGUGUACCAGUGCCUCGGUGACGAUGGCAGCCGCGAUCCCCCCCACGGCAUGGUCACAAUCGAUGUCCACUACAGCCCCAAGGUCUCGACGCACCGGCACCACGUGAACACAGAGGAUGGCGGCACUGCCGAGAUGUACUGCAACUAUCGCGCCAAUCCCAUUGCCAUCAGCUUCUUUAUCAAGGAUGGGAAAACUCUGCAGCUGUCCGAGAAGUACUCGAUCAAGAACUCCUUCCACAAUGGGCACAAUCGCACCACGUUGGUUGUCAAGGAUGUGGAUGUGAGCGACCUGGGCGAGUAUCUGUGCCACGUGGAGAACGCCAUUGGCUCCAACGAGGCCAAGAUCCACCUCAGCUACAACCCGGAGACGCCGCAAUUCGAGGACAUGACCAUUGACGACACCAAGGUCACCAUGCACUGGCUGGUGCGCAGUCUGCAGCCUCUGUCCGAGGCCAUGCUCGACUACAAGCUCACAGGGUCGUACACUUGGAGCACCGUUUCGGUUCUGCAGACGCAGCGACACAAUCAGACGGGAGGCAUCUGGAAGAUCACGCAUCAGCUGGAUCUGCCUGCGAGAGGCCUGUGGCAUGCACGCGUAAAGACGAAGAACACCCAGGGAUGGUCCAACUUCUCGCCAGAUCACGAUUUCCGAUUAGCGGACGAUGACGCAUCCAAUGAGCUUACCGAUAUGGAGCUGCCACCCGACCAGAUCAUGCGCGCCGGCAUCGGCUCAGUGGGAGGUGGAGCAGCAUCAGCGUUACAGCAGCUGCCUGCUGGCUCGAUCUUCUUGGCAGGUCUCAGCGUGCUCUGGCUGCGGCUGCGUCUCUAAGGGGUGCCACUCUGUGCCAUCCGGUGGACUGUACAUACGUAUUUCCGGAUCACAAGCAUCGAAGGAAACAGCACACACACACAAACACAUACGAAACGCAAAUAGGAAAAGAAACUAAAGUAUUCUAAUUAUACAAAAUGCUAAUGCGCGCUGCUCCGGCAGCCAAUACUUGCUUGGGGUCAAUGUUAAUGCUAAUCCCCAUGCUAUAACGCACGCUGGAGCGAUCACCAUUGAAACAUUUGUGCCAAGCAGAGGAUGUAGACGACACGGGGAGGACUACGAGCGAAUUAAAGUUAAUUUAGUUUAGUUAAAGUUAAUGUUGAAGAGUUGAAGGUAUGUGGAAGUGGAACUGGAAGUGGAUGUGGACUAGGACUGGUUAAAAACCGCCCAAAAAGGAACUUUUGAUUAACCUUAGCUGUAAUAUUUAUUUGUUUUGUAUGAUAUACGAGUGUGAGUGCAUGUGAGUGGUGGCAGUGAGGACGAGAGAGAAACUUCCUUGUUACCUGAACCCGAACCGAUGACGAAUACAAAACGAGAGCGAGCCAACUGCUUGGGAAGCGCUCACCCUGGCUUAGAUAUGGCAAACUGCCUGGAUCUAAUCGAGUGUGAGCAGGUCGUCCGUCCCCUUCCUGGGCAGUGGCAUAGUGUAGAUACAAAAAAUGGGAAAGGAUCUAGUGACUUUUUAGGAUUUGCAAUAUGUACACAAUAUUUUUGGAUAGCCAAGCGUACUUACGGCAUUUUUGUGACAGAAUCAAUGGGUGACGGGAGGGAGGCACGGAGGCAGGAAGGCGAGAGAUCAAUCGAAUGUGGCACGCGAAUUAUUAUAUACAACUAGACCAAAGCUUAGACAUACAUAUGUAUGUACAUGUGUACUUACUACCCAUACAUACAUACAUAUGAUACCUAUUUUUACGAGGCCUACGCCACACAUCAACUCAAUGGGAACCAGAUGAAACCGAUACGAACAUUACACAUCAGAAUGAACGGGAUGCGUAUGUACUUAUAGUUAAGAGAUAUUUAACAAAUCGAAGAGAGAGAGAGAGAGCUAUAUACAGCCAUACUUAAUCAUAAUCAGGCCUCACACCUUUGUCUUUGAUUCUGCUACAAUACCUGAGGGGAAAUCGCCAUAACAUGCUGACCAUAUACAAUCUACGUACGUGUGUAUCUACAUAUACGAUAAUCAAAUUGUGAGUGUAAGAAUAUAUUUUAUAUAUAUUUUAUUUAAGAAUUAUAACAUUUAGAGCUGAUCAAUAAAAUAAACGUGCCAACGGAAGCAAUCAAUGGUAAUUGAUUCUUCGGAGAAAUCAAUCAAAAGAAAGUUCCAUAAACAAAGUUUCGACAGUCGACCUUUAAGAAUACAUACAUACAUA